AUGCAUAACUUUACUCAUCGCCGAGCCCGCGAAGAGCGGUCUCUCCCGGCCACGGACCUGCGCGGGGGCCGGCUGGGAGCCGGGGGCGAGGCCCGGCGCGCUCCGCGGCCUGAGGCGGGGCCCGGGCCCGCCCCCUCGGGCCGGCGAGUUUCGGUUCCCGGGCCCGGCGGGAAGGAGGCGCAGCCCGGCCAUGGCGCAGCCCGAGUCCCAGCGCGGCGCCUCGGCCCUGGGCCCCCGGUGCGAGCUGUGCCCGGCGGGGCAGCGCGGCGCGGCGCGGCGGAGUGGAGCUGCCUCACCUGCCUGGCCUCCUACUGCGGGGCCCACGUGCGGCCGCACCUCGGGGAGCCCGGCGGGGCGCCCGCCUUCCGCGGGCACCGCCUGGGCCCGGCCGGGGAGGCGGCGGCCGAGCUGCGGGCGCUGCGGGAGCGGGGCCGCUGGUGCCCCGAGCACCGGGAGCGGCCCCGAGAGCUGUUCUGCGCCGACUGCGCGCUCUGCGUGUGCGCCCUGUGCCCGGUGCUGGGCGCCCACCGCGGCCACCGCGUCAGCCUGCUGGGGCAGGCCGCGCAGGGCACCAAGGAAUUCAUGACAAGAUACUUGAAGGAGCUAGAAUUGAAAAAAAACCAGGAAGUUGGCAAUAUAAGACAUGUAGAACAAGCUGUUAAUGACCUUAAGGCACACGCCUCGGCUAGUAAAGCAUCUCUGGCAGGGAAGUUCACAGAACUCCGGCUACUACUUGAUGAAGAGGAACAGCUGACAAAAAAAUUCAUAAAUGAAAAGACUCAACGGGCCCUCAUGAUGUAUGAUCAGCAGAUAGUGUCAUGUCAAGAACGAAUUCAAAUCAUAGAGAGCUUCUCAAACCGAGUCAGGGAGAUCCAACAGCGAAGUGAUCCCAUUCAGUUAUUACAGGACUACACAGCAUCAGAAAAAGAAAUACAGGAGCAGAGGGUUCCGGCAGAACAGUGGCACCCAGUGCCUAUGUCAUUUGAGCAUGUUAUGAACCAUUACAGGGGCUUGGCAAGAGCUAUUCAGUCUGUUGUGCAGAAACCUUUAGAAGCUCGACUUAAAGAAGACGUUUUCAGCAGCCUUAAUGCCACUUCCAAGAAGGAGCCUGGUACAAUGCUGAAAACAACGUCUACAGUUGAUAGAUCGCUAUUUUUAAAACAUGCGAGAUCUCCAACCCUGGAAUACGAUAGCCUUCAUCCCAGGUUGAGUUUGUCUGAGGAUCGUCUUACAGUAAGUUGCAGCUGGAGGAGGAAAUUUUACCCUUCUAGCCCCCAGAGAUUUGAUAAGUUAUGGCAAGUCUUGAGUAAAGAUGCCUUCUUCUCUGGGAGCCAUUACUGGGAAGUGGACGUGCUUCACGCUGGACAAGGAUGGUGGAUUGGAGCAGCGUUCCCUUCCAUCAAGAGACAUGGAGACUCUGAAACUUGUCGACUAGGUUGGAACAGAGCAUCCUGGUGUAUAAAAAGGUUUGACCUUGAAUACUGGGCAUUUCACAAAGGAGAGAGGACCCUGAUCCUGACACAUGACGAUCCCGAACGAAUUGGUGUUUUCCUGGAUUAUGAGGCUGGCAUCCUCUCGUUCUAUAAUGUAACUGAUGGUAUGGCCCACCUGCAUACAUUCCGCUGCAAGUUCACAGAGCCUCUUUACCCAGCACUUAGGCUAUGGGAAGGUGCAAUAACAAUCUGCAAACUGACUUAGGAAGUGAUGGGACAAAGAAAUGGAGCCUGCUUUUCAAUUAUUUGUGUGUAAAACUACUUUAAAAGGAAUUAAAAUUAAUUCUCCCAGAUUACAGCAACCAUGCUGUAAGGUUUUAAAGGGUGUAGCUACAGGUAUAUUUCUGACUCAAUAUUGAUCACAAAAAUGUGAUUCUCAGUACCCAGUUUAGAUAAAUACUCAGGUCCUUGUCAAAUACCCUAGAAGGUACUAUUAUAGAGUGAUUUUUACAUGAUUGUAUUUUUGAAGUGCUCUUCUGCCAUUUAUGAAUGGCAUCAGGUUAUGGAAUUGUAGGAAUCCUCCUCAGGGUGUCUAAAAGACUAAAGCAAUUUUACACUGUAUUUUUGUAGUGGAUUGUGGCUUACAAAAUAAAACUGUCCUAUUUUAAAUUACAUGAUAGCUAUCCUAAUUUAUGCAGCUGACAUUUAGAACAGGAGCUAGCAGUCCAUUUUAUUAAACUACUACCCUAUCUCCAGCUGGCUGUAGAGAUUACCAUCUUGCCAUAGGUAUUACUCUGAUCUUGGUUUAUGUAAGAUACAACUUUUAGUUUAAUUUUGUUAUUUGUCUGAAUUUGGAGAACAGAUCCAGUAACUGAAAUAGCUCAUGGUAAAAAGCUUCCCAGAACAAUCGAAGGAUUGCUUUCACUGUUGCCUAAAGCUCAUUUCAGAUUUUCUGGGAGUAAGGGCUUCUAUAUCUACACUAACUAGUGUUGUUUGGCUCCAGUAACUAGACCUUGAAUUGAGCUGAUUUAAGUAGUACAGCACACUUGCCCCUGGGGGAAGCCUGUCCUACUGUUUUACAAUCAAAUUUUCCGUAGAUGCACUCCUCCAGAAAUGCACACUUGCAGCUGUUCUGAAGGUGGCCACCCUUCACCCAU